AUGCAAGCUCUUGGUUCGAGUGUGUAUGAUUGUUCCCUGCUCGAUCAUGCGGUGAGUCCACCAUUAUUUAAAACUCUCAACGGUUGUUCGGUAUCGGAUCAUUGCAAUUAUUUGUUCAUUCCAUCGUUGAAGAUUUGUUUUAAUGUUGGAUUAAAUGUUAGAAAGAAGAGCCAAGAGGAUUCUGAUCACCAACAACCAAAACAAGGAUCAACAUCCUCGUCGGGAUUGGCAAGAAUGAUUGAAAUUGUUUGUUUAACCGAUACAAUGAGUGAGAAUAUUCAAGGCUUAUUGUCCCUAUUGGAAGAUCAAAUUCAUCACCAAGAAGGAAAAGUAAAGAUCUUCUUGCCUGAGGGUAAAUUGAACUAUUUGAGAGCAAUCUGUGAAGGAAUUUAUGGAUCUGCAGAAAAUUGUGCUAAAUUUGUGGAAUUGAUUGGUGUUGCUGAUCAUUUCAAAUCGUAUCCAUUGUGGUCUAAUCAUUCGAAUUUGGAAUUGAAGACAUUUCCAGUACGAGACGAAAAUACUGAAUCACCAGAAAUUGGAUAUUCCAUUGUUGAGAAGAAGAAAAAGCUAAAGAGUGAAUUUUUAGAACACGUAAAAAGAUUGAAAGCGCAUGAGAAGAGAGUUGUUAUAUUUUGGCACCUUACACCUUACACUUAG